AUUUGAUUGUAUCACUUGUUAAGAAUGGCGGACGACGACAACGACGAAAUUUUCGAGGACGCCGAGGACAACGCCGGCAUCAUCAGCGACGCAGACCGCGUUGACGACGAGGCGCAGCCGGCAAUGGAAGAGAGUCCAAACUCAAUUGCCAUCAAUCCAAGCGCGAACGACCUCAACGACCUCAACGCGUUCCAGGCCGAGACGGCCGAGUCCCAGACCACCCUCAUGCUUGAAGCAGCGGGCGUCGAAGCUCACUGUACACAUGCAUGGGACGGUGUGAUUGGCAUCAACAAACGGCAGGAUUCCUUGAAAAGUACAAAAAGACACGCAAACAGCGCCGCUCCGAGCUUCCGAUGGCAGACAUCAAGGUCAGCCCGAGCUUCUGGUCGGUCAUGAAGAACUCGAUCGGCAAGGAUCUCAGCAAGAUCGCCAUGCCAAUCGACUUUAACGAGCCACUGUCCCUGCUCCAGCGUCUUGUCGAGGACUUUGAGUACGCCAGCAUGCUCGAUCGGGCAUCGGCCAGCGACAAUCCCUUCGAGCGGCUUGCAUUCGUUGCCGCCUUUUCGCUGACGGCCUACGCUACAUCCGAAGGCCGCACCGGAAAGCCGUUCAACCCCUUGCUUGGAGAAACGUACGAGUGUGUGCGCGAGGACCGAGGCCGCGGCUGGCGUUACCUGUCCGAGCAAGUCAGCCAUCACCCGCCGAUUAGCGCGUGCCACUGCGACGCCCCAGAGUGGGAGUGCUGGCAAGAAUACCGCCUCGGCUCCAAGUUCCGCGGCCAGUACCUCAAGGUCAACCCCGAAGGCCCUGUGCAUCUCAAGCUCAAGAUGCACGGCGAGCAUUAUUCCUGGACCAAGCCCGUGACAACAAUCCACAACAUGAUUGUCGGCAAGCUUUGGAUUGAUCAUGAAGGUGAAAUUACCGUGCGCAAUCACCUCACAGGCGAUCGCGCUGUCCUGACCAUCCAGCCGUGGCAUGUGGUUGGCAAGGACUUUAAGAACGUGCGUGGCGGUGUUUUCGACCAUCGCGGCAACAAGGUCAUGACCAUCUCUGGCACUUGGGAUGGCUCUCUGGUUGCUUCGCCGGUGGAUCAACCAAAGCGCACCAUCGAGCUGUGGAAAGUUGUGCCUCGCCGCUCCAACAGCAUCCGAAGCUACUUUGGCUUUACCGAUUUUUCCAUGCAGCUCAACGAGCUUGAGCCUGGACUGUGCCCCACGGACUCGCGUUUGCGUCCUGAUCAGCGUCUGAUGGAAGUGGGCGAUCUGGCGAAUGGAACCCAGGAGAAGCUGCGCCUGGAAGAGAAGCAACGUGCCGCGCGGAGACAGCGAGAGGUGGCACAGCAGCCGUGGAUUCCCAAGUGGUUUACGCGCCGAGCAGACCGCGAUACGAAGGAAGUUCUCUGGGUAUACCGAGGCGGCUAUUGGGAUGCCAAGCAGAGUGGACAAUUUGGCGCGACGCCCAACAUUUUUUGAAAAUUGCCCCGGCUGUCUGUUGUUUGAGAUCCUUUCGUAUGUUUGAGUUUGUGUGUGUGGUAUGUAUGUAUGUGUGUGUGCGUGCUGUGUGUCACUUGAAUACUUGUGCACGUUGCUCCGGGCUUUGAGCUUCGUAGUGAUUCAUUCUUCAUUUUUGCUGAAG